AAUAGCGUGUUUAUAACAAAAUAAGAUGUGCCAAACACUAGAAAAUAUUUAAUUGUGUUAAGAAUUCACUUAUAAAUUGAAAAAAAUCUGCUUUAAACGAAACUUUUACUAGUUUAUUUAACCUAUGUAAAAAAAAAAAAAAAAAAAAAAAACAUGACACGAGCCUUGUUUACAUAACAAGGACUUGUGACCUCUGUAUCUCCCAUGUACCUUAAAUACUGACAUUCAAAUUGUUGCUGAGCAUUAGUAAUACCUUAAUUAAGCAUUCUAAACAUUAAAAAUCAAAAAGUAAAAUUUGAAAAUUUUCAGCUGAAAUCGUGUCCAUGUCCCUUUAAGAUAGGGUUUACUGAGUUAAAAUAAUUUGUCAUUUUCAUUUCUUUUGUAUAUAUGAUAUACUAUGCUUAAAAUGCUUCCAUUAAUUGUUUACAUACCCCAUCCUGCAAACAAGCUCUCCCGUGGGUAUCCAGGUUAGAAUAGGUCGUCAGUACUCCUUGGUUGUCGUAAGAGGCGACUUUAAAUCGGGCGGAUCUUUCAAGAUCCCUCAUUGCUCAAAGGCUGUAAGCGCCGAGCAUAAGCCAAAAUUUUGCAGACCUUCACGGGCAAUGAUGAUGUCUCCAUAUGAAUGAAAAUUCUCGUGGGGGACGUUAAAACAAUAUAAAAUCGAUCAAUUUAUCUAUCAAGCUAGACAUUUACUCCUAGUAGAUCUACAUUGUAAUCUGAAGUUUUUGUGGCAAGUUGACAGGUUGGCAUUCAUCGAGAAACAUAAAGAUUGAAAAUGCAUCUUUUUAUCAUCGACAUAACACGGGAGAAUAUUAUUAAAAUAAAAAUAAGAUAUCAAAAUGAUAAAAAUAAAAUGUUAAAAUGAAAAAAAUAAAAUAAAAUAUUAAGAACUAGCUGUCUGUUACGAUGAUACGAAACAUCAAGAUUCAAUAUUUAAUGUCAUGGAGACAUUCUGUACAUCCUGUGUUAUACGAUUCUCAUUUUAUAAGUUUUCCUUUUAUCAUUAUAGGAAUUCUUAAUGCUGAAACACAAUUUACAAAACAGUCAUCAUGGAAAUGUUGUCAUUUCACUUUGAUUGUUCCCUAGCCAUCUACAUUGUAUUUCUAUAAAGAAAACACACAGGCGCCAUACUGGUACCAGUUUGUGGCGAUCAUUCAACGGAUGGGGAUCUUUAAAUAUCAAAAUACGAAUACACAACAGGAAGCGGUUUUAAAUCAGAUGAAAGGUAAACAGCAUGAUGAAGGAUCUGAGAAAGCUGUGGAAGUAUAUACAGUGUUUCAUGAUUGUAGUCUCGCUGUAUGUUGUGUAUGCACUCUAUGUUGGAAUGGCUCUGAAAAACCUUGAGUUGUACAGAAAACCUAAGACUUACAAUCUUCGGAACAUCGUUACAGUGACGAAUCAGACGAUACAGAGCAAGAGGGUAAAGAAGAUUUUGGUAGUGGCGUACCAGAGAAGUGGGUCGACGUUCACAUCAGAAAUCCUUCAACACGGAGGAAACCGGACAUUCUUCAGCAUGGAGCCACUGUGGCAGAUUUAUAGGACUUGUUAUAGACGGAGCGUGGGCAUAUGUUGUCCCAAUAACAAGUGUAGGUCGCCUGUCCAUCCUAACGAGGAAAUUCACCAGACCUUGUCAGUGUUCCGAUCCAUAUACUCCUGCAAUUUUACCGCCUUACCUUACGAUAUAUUAAAAUCAUUUGCGACUUUUCCCAGUACAGAACACGAAAAUAUAAAAAGAUUAAGAUGUUUCAAUCUGAAGACAGCGGAACUGGAGCAGAGAGUCUCUUUGCAUUAUGAUAACUGUGUACAGAGGCUGACACGUGCUUGUGGUUCCUCAUCCGUCAUCAUCAUUAAGACGCUCCGCAUUAACAUCGAGUUGGCUUUAGAACUGAAAGCCUCAUUGGACAACUUGUAUAUUGUUCACCUCUUCAGGGAUCCCAGGGCCAUAUUUUUCUCAAGGGCCAAAGUUGGGGCACUGACAAAUGACCCCAUAAACGUCCAGGCCAAAGCUUUGUGCUCAGUGUUGUACAAGAACAAUAUGGACGCUCUUCAUAGAUCAGACAAAGUAUAUAAUUUACUAUAUGAACGCAUUGCGAAGGAACCUCAUAGAGUUGUAAGGAGUCUCUUUAAAUUUUGUGAACUAAACUUUUCCAUGACCACUUCUGAAUGGCUACAAAGCUUUACGAAUGGCUCUAUACAACUUCCAAGGCACAAACUCCUUUCAAAAAAAUAUGGCGCGUUUUCUGCAUAUUCAAAGGAAUCAUUCGAAGUUUCUCGGAAAUGGAGAAAAAAGAUAUCACUAAAUACAAAUAAAAUUAUCCAAGACUCUUGCAAGGAAGUCUUAGAUAUUUUUAGACUGCGUGUUUUCGAAGAAGAGCGGGAGCUUAGAAAUUUCGGUAUACAGGUGUUGAAAGGCUGAGCUUAGAGAAGUUUCAAAUCUUUCUUGAUGGGGGACAAGUUAGGGCUGCAAAUGUAUAUUUGAGUGAUUAUAAGGCAACCUUAUAAGCAUGGGAGUUUCACCUAUAUCAGCAGGGGUAAAACUUAGCAGUGUAUAGUAAUUGUACAUGAUCUUGUAUCCAUUUCUACUCCUUUUUGUCAGAUCUGUAAAGGAUUAAACAUUUAAUAGUGGUAAAAAAUGACUACAUGUAAGUGUUUUACCUUGUUAUUGUUGCUAAGUAAAGCCAUGUCAGAAUUCACACUCCUGGUGCUUUACUUUCAGUAUUUUGAUUUACGUCUGAUUUCAUUUUCAACACACUAUAGUAUAAAUAUUGUGGUUUUUGUGAAACCUAUAUUUAUGAAACUGUAUUUAUGCAUUGCAUGUCAGUGCUUUGGUGCAGUAAAUUUUCUAGCAUUAAAAACCAAGAAAGUGUUCAAGCUGGUUCCGGAGUGAUGUGCCAGUGUUCCUUGUUUUUGUUCAAUUACCAUACACAGACCAGUAGAAAUUCAUGUAGCAGAAGUCCUGGACCGCUUGAAGUCACAGUUCCCCUGUGUGUUAUUGGACGAGAAAGGACAGACGUCCCCAACUAAAAAGAAUACAUGCGACAUGUUUGCUAGGGAUUAGUGUUUGAAACAUUUCUUUGUUGCAAUUAGAACCUUCAAUGUCCUUUUCUGGAGUGCAUUCGCAGUGUGCAUAAUUAUGUAUAAUGAGCAUUGCGUCUUUGAAGUUAGCUAUAGAAAGGUAUGAAAUUUAUAUCCCCUGGAAUGUUCCUAUUCACUAAAAGACUGACAAAGCAAUGCAUGCGUGUCCUGAUCAUGUUGCCGAUCUGUAGACGAUGUAACAUGGCUUCAUGGUGAGAGGGAAUACAAACAACCAAAUAAAGAAACUAGUGCAAUAACAGCCAUUUCUGUCCAUGAACUGUAAACAUUCUUCUGUAACUGAACUUCAGUGAGAACGAAGAAUUUAUGUUUCCAAAAACCAAUGCGUGAUUUGACAUUGCAAAGUUGAAGAUUACUUUUAACUUUUCUUGAAAAGGCAAAUAUAUAAACUUUAAAAUGUUCAUGCUGUUUGUCGUAUAGAAAUCGUGGGCUGUAUCUGUCACCCAAAAUUGUUUCUGAGGAUUUGCAACAUUUAGAUGUAAAAAGUAUAUAUAUAUUCGACUGUAAUAUUCAACCAUACGAUUUUUGGACCUAUAUCUUAGUAUGUUAAUAUACAGGUCCCAAAAAGAAUUGAUAUUUUGUGCAAUUUACAAUUUCCCCACAUAUUAAUGAUUUUACUUUGAUUAUGUAUGAUUUUGCAAUAAACAUGGACUUAACAAAA